GGUGAAGUCAACUGGUAUGGCCAAGCUCCAGGGCUUUGAGUUUUGGAGGAAGACCCUGAAAGAAGCGCGCUUUGUGGUGGCGCCCAUGGUGGACCAGAGCGAGCUGGCCUGGCGCCUGCUGAGCCGGCGGCACGGUGCCCAGCUCUGCUACACCCCCAUGCUGCAUGCUCAGGUGUUUGUUCGCGACGCCAACUACCGGAGAGAAAACCUCUACAAUGAGCUGUGUGAAGAGGACAGACCUCUCAUCACACAGUUUUGUGCCAAUGAUCCAGAGGUGUUCCUUCAGGCGGCUCUACUGGCCCAGGACUACUGCGAUGCCAUUGACCUUAACCUGGGCUGUCCACAGAUGAUCGCUAAGAGAGGGCACUAUGGCGUUUUCUUACAAGACGAGUGGGAGCUGUUAGAGAAAAUGGUCAGGUUAGCCAAUGAAAAGCUCUCGGUGCCCAUCACAUGCAAGAUCCGCGUGUUCAAGGAGAUAGAAAAGACGGUCCGCUAUGCCCAGAUGCUGGAGAAAGCCGGCUGCCAGCUGCUGACAGUGCAUGGCAGAACCAAAGACCAGAAAGGAGCCAUGACGGGUAUCGCUAACUGGGAGCACAUCAGGGCAGUACGGAAGGCAGUAAAUAUUCCAGUGUUUGCAAAUGGCAACAUUCAGCACCUGAGUGAUGUGGAGCGCUGCAUUCAGGAGACCGGCGUGCAGGGAGUUAUGAGUGCAGAGGGGAACCUCCACAACCCGGCACUGUUUGAAGGCUGCAGCCCCCCAGUGUGGGAGAUGGCUGAGGAGUAUCUGGAGGUGGUGCAGCGGCAUCCCCCCUGCACUCUGUCCUAUGUACGAGCCCACCUCUUCAAGCUCUGGCACCACACGCUACAGAUCCACCAGGACCUGAGAGAAGAGCUGGCUAAGGUGAAGAACCUCGAGGGUUUGGCCGGUGUCAGCAAACAGCUGAGGCUGCGCUGCCAGGAGGAGAUAGCCAAAGGAAAGGAUGUGGAGGAGAAGGAGGGCGGCCUGCCCUUCCCCCACUGGAUCUGCCAGCCAUAUGUCAGACCAGAGCCAAAGGAGCCAGUUGCCAACGGUAACAGCCAUGGUUCAGAGGUGAAGAAGACAGUGUGUCAGAAGAGGGCACUGGAGGACUCGGAUGGAACAGCUGACACGCUCUCCAAAAACAAGCAGAAGAAGAGAUCCCGAAACCCACACAAGAACUUCUGUCCCGAGCAGAAACCCAAGUACAUCAAAUGUGAGCAGUGUGGGAACCCAAAGGGUAAUAAAUGUGUCUUCAACCUGUGUCGAGGCUGCUGUAAGAAGAAGGCCUACAAGGAGGUGGCAGACUGUCCAAGCCACGGGCUGAGGUUCAAGACCAAGGCGGAGAAACAGAAAGCCGAGGAGGACGAGAGGAGGCAGGAUGGAAGGAAGGCGGACGGAACAAAGGAGGAUGAGAGGAAGGAGGGCUUGGCGACCAAGACGGAGAGAAGCAGCAGCUCUCCUCCGCCUCCCCCAGAUCCAAAUCCAGAGCUGCAGGUGCAGUCCAAGACUCCACUACCUCUAUGAGAAGGACUAAGGCUGUCUCUACAUGCACAAAGCAUCCUCCGUUAAUACAGACCUCAGCUGUCACCAUGUCGGAAUCAGGUACUCUUUCUGAUGACGUGACAAAUUGAAACCCUCAGAACGUUUUGAUCAAAAUGUUCACGCAACAUUUCAGCCACGUUGGCCUUCACCAAUAUGUCCAUCCUGCUAGAACGGUUCAGUCCAGGUGUUCGUCACUGCUGCAGGGCUGCUGUGUGGACCUGCUUUGAUCCAUUUCGCUGGUGAUGAACACAAACUGUUGUGGUGUUUCGAGCCGUAGAGAGAUGCAGCUUGAGGGUAAUUGAAACUAACAAGUUAGUGCAUGUAGAGGUAGCCAAUGAUCUGUCAGGACAAACUAUAUAUACUGUACACAGCUGCUAAGAAACCUCAACAAGAAAGAGAUGUCUGUUUCAGACUCAAGUAUGGAUGGACACUGAUGAGCAGACCAAAACCUUUUUUUUUUUUUUUUUUUUUUUUUUUUU